UGGACCAGACUGCACCUGCUCACCUGCUCCUCAGCUUCAUUUGUUUUAUUCUCAGUGACUCUGAGCUCUCAGCAUGGGGCAUUCAAACGCUAUUCUGGUGGCCAACGAUACAGCGAAGAACACCACAGGAGCCCACGACUGGACUGAGGUGUACUCCAUCGUCAGGUGGAUCCAGCUCGUGAUGGCUGUGCUCAGCAUUCUGGGUUCAGGCUCCAUCAUUUCCUGUUUGAUGUUACGGAGACUCAGCCGGAAGCCCGAGCUGCAGCCUCUGUUCCUGCUCAGCAUUGCCGACCUGCUGCUCGCCGUCUGCUGGCUGAUCGGCGCCAUUCUGUUCUCUCAAGACUGCAGCGGCCGGAGCAUGCACUGCUACAACCUGCACAUCGUGGAGCAGAUUUUCUACAUGGCCUCUUUCUUCUACACCCUCAACUACGUGUGGAACCUCUACAAAGGAAUCAGAGAGAAGUACUACAGCUGCAUGGAUGGAUACCCUGUACAGGUUUCCAACAGAGUGAGCACUGCGGGUAAAGUCCUUGCACUGGUUUCAUGUCUGCUUCCUGUGCUGCUGAUGAUGCCGGUGAUCAUAGAGGGAAACCUCAGCCAGUGUCAGGCCAACUUCAGCGAACCCUUCAGGUGUCUGAUGAUGCACACUGGAGCGCUGUUCCUGGUCUUGGAUCACCAGCCAAUAAUCCCAACCUGCAACCGACUGAACACCUACCACAUCACCGUCUUCCUCAUCACCGUCGUCUUCACACUUCUGAGCAUCACGGUGCUCGUGGUUAAAGCUCGUUGUAUCUACAGACGGAUCGUGACCUCUAACGGUUACCUUGGCAGCGAGCAGCGGGCCUCGUUCAGCGAGAUGGACCGGAGAAUGGUCCUGUACCCGUCGAUCUUCGUCUUCUGCUGGGGUCCAGCGGUGACUCUGGCUUUCCUGCGAGUGGUGGAUCCUUCAGUGUGUCAGGGCAAAGCCGGGGUCGUCCUCUACAUAUCACAGGCAUUAACUUCGGCCUCUCAGGGCUUCUUAAACUGCCUGGUCUACGGAUGGACUCGUGUGCACCUCCGGCGAGCCGGCAGGUCGGUUUUAUCUCGAGACGUGGACACGCAGACGCCUCUGCUGCGAGCUCAGAGGAACAGAGGAUACCAAACUCUGCGAACCAUCGCCUGAACGGCAAACUGAGACUGGGGGGACGUUUCUGUCAUCUGCCUCGAGAGGGGAGUCUGAAAUUCUCGCUUUCGUUGAGGGGAAAAACACAGCGGCUGCGUCUCUGCAUCAAACUUCCACCUUUGAUCCUGAACCACUGAGGCGAGAAAAAGGGAAGAAGGAGGAGGGGAGUUUACGCCGAGAGGAAGAGCGACGACGAAAACAGGAUUUGAAAGAGACCUCACAGGUGUUUGUUUCAGAGGUUUCAUGCAGGUCACAUGACCCCUGGUGGUCAUCCCUGUAGAGUGAACUAAGUGGAUGAGUCUCAGUAUGAUGGAUGAAGAUUUUCUAUUGUUUACUGAUAUGAAGGUAAAAAACUAACUGACCCCUGCAGCUGACCUGAUGUGAAAAUAUGCUCAUUAGAGGUCCAAAUGUUCUUCGGUCCCGCCUCAUUUUCUGCUCUCAAAAUCUUUCAAAAGUGCAUUUAAUGAGCGUCUGUUAGAGGCAGAUCAGUGCAGUCCGAGCUCAGCAUCAUCUCAUAUGUUCAGAAAGUCUUAAAGGAGACACCAGGAGUAAAAACUCUGAGCAGAUAUGAAACUUAAAGACUCUUCUUCUUUCUAUUACAAGAUGUAUGAAAUGCUUAAAUGA